GGAAGGAAGGAAGGAAGGAAGGAAGAAAGGCAGGAAGGAAGGAAGGAAGGAAGGAAGGAAGGAAGGAAGAAGGAAGGAAGGAAGAAGGAAGGGAAGGAAGGAAGGAAGGAAGGAAGGAAGAAGGCGGAAGGAAAGAAAGGCAGGAAGGAAGGAAGGAAGAAGGAAACAAGGAAGGAAGGAAGGAAGGAAGGAAUGGAGGGGAAGGAAGGAAGGAAGAGGAAGGAAGGAAGGAAGGAAGCAAGGAAGGAAGGAAGGAACAGGAAGGAAGGCAGGGAAGGAAGGGGAAGAAAGGAAGAAAGGAAGGAAGGAAGAAAGGAAGAAAGGAAGAAAGGAAGGAAGGAAGAAAGGAAGAAAGGAAGAAAGGCAGGA